CAAGUUUUCUGUUUUGAUGGUUGAACUAUUUUCUCUGCAGGACAACUUGGACUCAGACGUUGCCAGCUGUGGAGCAAGGCCCAGUGGGUGGAUGCGUGUGUGUGCCUUAAGUGUUUGUUUUCUUACUUCUGUGCACCUUUGGGUGAGGCUUCUGUGAAGAUGAGGGCCAUCACACUGCUGUGUCUUCUGAUGGUUGCGGAGGCUGCAGCCUCCAGGUUCGUCCGUGACUCCCAAAGUGGGCUUGAAGCUUUAGAACCCGGCAACAACAACGCAUCAGUUGUUCUUCCACCCUCGCAGCCGGGCCGACCACGGAGCUCGCACCCCCCCAUGUGCAUAAACCCCACGGAGAUCAAGCAAGCCUUCAAAUAUGUGAACACCAUCAUAUCCUGCCUGAUCUUUGUCGUGGGAAUCAUUGGCAACUCAACACUGCUCAGGAUCAUAUAUAAGAACAAAUGUAUGAGGAAUGGACCCAAUGUACUCAUUGGCAGCUUGGCACUGGGAGACCUGUUAUAUAUUGUCAUCGCCAUCCCCAUCAAUGUGUACAAGCUGUUAGCCGAGGACUGGCCAUUUGGCGUGUACGUCUGUAAGCUGAUGCCGUUCAUCCAGAAAGCGUCGGUGGGAAUCACCGUCCUCAGCUUGUGCGCACUCAGUAUUGACCGCUACCAUGCAGUGACAUCAUGGAGCAGGGUGAAAGGGAUGGGAAUCCCACUGUGGAAAGCUGUGGAGGUGACACUGAUCUGGCUGCUUGCUGUGGUGCUGGCAGUUCCCGAGGCGCUCGCAUUCGACAUGUUGGAGAUACCAUACAGAGGCACCAAGCUGAGGGUUUGCCUGUUGCAUCCAGAACAGACCACAAGCUUUAUGAAGUUCUACAAGGAAGCGAAGGACUGGUGGCUGUUUGGCUUCUAUUUCUGUUUCCCUCUGGUCUGCACGGGAAUCUUCUACACUCUCAUGUCCUGUGAGAUGCUCAGCCGCAAAAAAGGCAUGCGCAUCGCACUCAAUGACCACAUGAAGCAGAGGAGGGAAGUAGCAAAGACAGUGUUCUGCUUGGUGUUGAUUUUUGCUUUCUGCUGGCUGCCCCUUCAUCUCAGCCGUAUUCUGAAGAAAACAAUCUAUGAGGAGGAUGACCCCGAUCGCUGUGAGCUGCUCAGUUUCCUGUUAGUGAUGGAUUACAUUGGAAUCAACAUGGCCUCCAUAAACUCCUGCAUUAACCCGAUUGCCCUCUACUUUGUCAGCCAAAAGUUUAAAAACUGUUUCCAGUCUUGCCUGUGUUGCUGGUGUUACAGAACAUCUCAUCUGGAUGACCAAGGACGCUGGAAGGGCUCAUGCCACGUGCUCCCAUCAGGGACAAACAGCAGUCUCAGUGCCGACAAACUGGCCUUCAGAUCAGAGUCAGAAGGGGAACCUGGAGUCACUUCUACAGGACUCGCCGCAGACUGAAAGACUCAAAGAUCAACCCCAAAAUGCUGAUGAAAUAAUGGAAGUGUGCCUCCUCAGGCUGUAAUAGUAAAUGCAAAAGCUUUGAUGAAACCGAUGCUACAUAAACACGUUCAUAUUCCUACGCUGAGGCCUCUCUAGAGGACAACUCGGUGACACUAAAAAUGCAUUUAUACAGAAUGUUUAUUCAAACCACUAUGUAAAUGUAUGUACAGUAUUAUUUACAUAUAGAGUGCAAACUUACCAUCAUAUUUAGCCUUAGUACUUUGUGUAGCUAUGAAUAAGCACUGAAAAACACUACCUGUUGAAGCUUUAUUACCUCACGGGGAAAGCUAGAGGGAAACUGUGACCCUUAGUAAUUUUACAAUGUAGCUUCUAUUUUUCUAAGAAAACAACACAAAGCACACGGAGAGCUUGUGUUACCUAAAGACGUGAGGUGUCCACGUGUUAUUAUUGCCAAAUAUUUCACCUCUAUCGGAGAGCAGUAAUGUUUCUGUGGCUGGAAAUUAGUCUGAAAAUGCUUUGUGAGAGCUGUUUAAGUAAUACAUUUCUGAGCCAUGUAAAAGCUUUUGGGAAGGAAAAAGAAAUUUGCUGGUUAAGCUGUAUGUAAGUGAAUGAUUUAAAAACUCACAUAACAAGGGAAGGUUAAAAAGUUCCACAACACAGCCCAUAAAAAGCUGAGGUCAGACAUGACUUAAAUGAGGCAUCAUGGACCUGUAACUUGUGCAGAGAGCAACCAUCGACUUUUGUUUCAAACAGACUCAGCUUUUAUGUUGAGGAUCGUUACUAGGAAUGACAGCUGGGUGCUCAGACCCAGAGACCAAACGGGAAAUUGCAGUGGAAGAGCUUGCAGCUUUGAACGAGGAGUGUGACCAGGAGCACACAUAUUCUUCUUAUUAUCAUUAUUAUCUAUUUUUUAAACAGUAAAUUAGUCUCCCAGGGUCAGACAGUCGAAGCAGGGCUGGGCUGUAAUGUCCUGAGUAGGGUUUUCGCGAUACUAGAAUUCCGACACUCAGGAAAAUACUCAAUACCUGAUGCUAUUUCUAACACCGCAGAUGAAAAAAUGACAAAAUAGGCAUACUUCUUUUAAAAUAUUAGAACAAUGCUGGUUCAUGCAAAGGAUUGAACCACAGCCCUGUUCAUUUUCUGUGCUUCUGUUGACUUAGUCCCACGUUUUUGUUGCUGAACAGAGUUGAAGAGGUAGGCUGCCAGUGAGAAAUGAAACAGUUUUUUUACAAAAACAACUGUGCCUUCGUGUUAAAUUAACAGUCCAUUAACUUUACAUACAGGCAGGACUGAUAAAAUCUGCUGCCUAGCUCCAAAAUUACCGUUAAUAUUUCAUUAUUAGCCAUAGCUGCUAGCUUAAUGAUAACAGACAACUAACGUGGGUUAGCUGCUAACAGUUAAAUGGCUAAUGCUAACAUUUAUGCCAGUCAGAUUAAUGUUUGUGUUAACUA